UGGGUGCCCAAAGGGCGAACAAAGUGUUCGUCUUCGUCUUCAGCCACCAUGUCUUCUCGUUUCUCCCUGAACUGGCUUCUCCUGAUCUUGUUUACAGGCCCCACAGUGUCAGGAUCAGUCCUGAAAGGAGUGGUUGGUCAGGAUAUCACUCUGCCCUGCUCUUACCGUGUUAAGAAGAGAACCGAUAUCACAACAAUGUGCUGGGGUCGUGACGCCUGCCCUUCUUCAAAAUGUUUGCAGACCAUUAUCUGGACAGAUGGGUGGAAGGUGACACAGCAGUCCUCCAAGAGGUACAGUCUGAAAGGGAAACUGUCAGAGGGGGACGUGUCCCUCACGAUAGCAAACGCAGAGGAAGCAGACAGCGGGACGUACUGCUGCCGUGUGGAGAUCCCAGGGCUGUUCAAUGAUCAGUUAACCAAUUACAGGGUUGUGAUUGAGAAAGCUAGGAUCACUACUCCAAGUCCUCACACUUACACCUCUGAACAGACCUCAGCUCCUGGGUUUGCCAGUGACUCAUCCUUUACCGUCACAACAUGGCCAUCAGUUUCUGGUUCAGAAGCUCCUCAGACUGCCUAUGAUCCCUGUUCAAGCACCAAUUUCACUUCGGACUGCUCAGAUCUAACCACAGACUUGCAGAACGUGUCUGUAUCAGCUCACAGUUCACAGUAUUCAGAAAAUGGGAUAUACGUUGGGAUUGGCAUAUGUGUGGUGCUUCUUGUCAUCCUUAUUUUGGCUGUGUUCCUCAGUAGACACUAUUUGCACAAUAUGAAGAAGCUGAAUAACUUUCCAAGCUCUGUCACAUUUUGGAGAUCAGAACGCGCAGGGAACCAAAAUGCCCUGGAAGUUGAGAUGCACGCAGAGGAAAACAUUUAUACAAUACGCUGGCCACCUCUCCGGUAUAGUUUUCCCUGGAUUGUUCUCACCACGCUCGAGCUGCACCGAGGCGGUUCAGGUUCUCCCCGGCAGUUGGCAACAGAGGCGUCCCCACUGACGGUCCCUGUCUCAGAAAUGCCUUCUACAUUCUUAAUGCGUGCCCCUGACCUUAAUGCCCUGAACUACUGUGUAACUCUGGCAAACUUUCUCACCUUAUUGGUCAACUCCUUUUCCAGAGACAUCUUCCAAACUGGUCAGAAAAACGGAAAUGGAGAAAUAAUUCUUCAGUGGUGCUCACUCAGCACCUCUGGAAUGUAUAAGAUCUGGUUCUCUAUUCUUCCAAUCCCUGCCCUGAAGUCUCCAUCGGCUGAAAUGUCCCAUCUUGUGUUGUUCCACUGGAUUCUGAUACAGACCUUUGUAGCGCACGCUACAUCCGACACUGUUGUUAGAGGAGAAAUAGGGCGAUCUGUUACCUUACCUUGCUUCUAUCAGGUAGCAAGAUGGAAAGACAUCUCAGACAUGUGCUGGGGCAAAGGCAAGUGCCCAAAUUCAAAAUGCAAUAACAAAAUUUUGCACACCACUGGGAACAGGGUGACAUUCAGAAAAUCUCAGAGAUACAGUCUUCAGGGCUUUAUUUCCUAUGGAGAUGUGUCUCUCACAAUAAAGGAAGUCAAGGAAGAAGAUGCAGGUAUAUAUUGCUGCCGCAUAGAAAUCCCUGGAUGGUUCAACGACAUCAAACGAAAUAUGAAGCUGGAGGUGGUCAGAGCAACAACUGUGCCAGCGACAACCAGGCUUCAGACAACAAAGUUAACCCUCACUCUUUCAGCAUCUCCAGUGAUGACAACAGCCAUGGCAACGACUCACAUUUCUCCCCCGAAUUUCACAAAAACAGUUUCUGUUCCCCAAGCAACCUCUGAUCUUCAAGCAACAGUUAUGGCAGAGACUGUUGUCCUCCUGACAACUGUCAGUCCCCCAGCAACAACUGCCACCGAAAUAAUUGCUCCUCCGAUUCUUGUUGACCCACCAGCAACAACCGAGCCUCCAGAAGUAAUUAUGUUGGAGACCUUUGCUCCCCCCACUUUCACUAUGGCAGCAAAUGACAUUUUUCCAGAAAUCGUGGUGACAAGUAGUGCUCCUGUAGAUUUUUCAACUGGUUUUCAAGCAGCUGACAUGAAUACUGAAGGUGAUUACGUGUUCGGUUCAACAGAAUUUGUUACUGUUCCUGAAGUGACUGCUGAAUUCCCAAGUACACUUCCAAGUUCAGAGGGAACUGAAAAUGCAAACGCUUCUCUCAUUACGGAAGAUGGGCUAACCACGGAUAUUUUGGGAAGUUCAAACAGCAAAGCUAAGAAAAAUGAUGAUAACAUAGAUCAGUUUCCAGCCUAUGUCGUUCUCAUCACCUGUCUCAUAGUGGCGUCUAUUCUUUUCAUAUUGAUGCUCUUAUCACUGUUAUGGAAAUGUAAACACACAAGGAGCUUUAUAACCAAAAGCCCUGGACCACCAGAAGAGCUUGAAAAAGUUUUUAGUGGUGCUGAAGGAGAAAAUGGCCUCUUUGUCCUGUGAGCAGCCCCCAUACCAUCUGUAGAUGCCUUGGAAGAAAGUACAGCUACACUGCAAAUAAAAAGGGACUGUUUCAUGCUGCAUUGAGGGAGAAGAUUCAUUUGUUAUGAGCCCUCAAAGUAUCAAUGGAUAUAAACCAAAGACAUAGCUUGAACCGUGGAAAUUUGAAAUCUUCAUGCAAAAUUUGCCGCUUCACCUUUAAAACUCAUUGCAUAAAGAAGCUUCCUUUAGAAGGUGCCGUAUUCAUUAUUCAUAGCUGCUUCUGGGAUCUGCUUUGUUACUAAUACUGUGUUACAGAAUUAAAUUUGUUUUUCUUCGUAUUUUA